GUUUCACUUGACAAUGGGGAGAAAAUUAGAAUAUUUCAUAUAAUAAAAUACAAAAGAAAUAGUGAGUGGAUGAUGUCAUCAGUCUCCUCAUUUGCAUACCGACCAGGAUGUACAUAUAACUGUUUUGUGAAAUUAAGCGGAACUUUAAAAUGUCAUAACUUUCUUAUUUUACAUCCAAUUUUGAUGAAAUUUUCAGUGUUAUGUUUGUUGGAUUUUUCUCUCUUUAUUCAAAUAAACUUUAAAUUGGGGUGGACUUGUCCUUUAAUGACAAAGGAAGCUGUAGUAAAUGGAAUGUUUGUAAACAUCAUCUGUUAAACCCCUUUUCUUUUUCUUAUUUUCUCUUUUACUCUACAGUUCUAUUGCCAUAAUUACGUCACGUUUCUCCAAGAGAUAAAUGAGUCUACUAGCGUUCUGUGUGGGACAAACUCCCUUGCUCCGACAUGUGUUAUGUUCCCUACAGUGAGCAGUAACUUAACAGCAGGUAUUAACUGGCCUGCAGCAGGAAUGUCGGCAUCGAGCCCAGACCAGAAAGCUAUGACCCUUAUCAAAGUUAAAGAUGGUAAUAUGGUCAUAUAUUCUGGAGCGCCAACGAAGGCUGAAUACUCUUAUGCCUUCAGUCGUACUAUAAUGUCUGUGGAUAUGCCUAACAGCACCCCUGAAAGUGUGGUUAGGACAAAUACAGAUGUCUCAACCUGGAUCGAAACAUCAUCAUCAAUGGCUCCCAGUUUUAUUGGGGAUCCAAUCGAGUACAAUGGGAAGGUGUACUUCUUCUUCAGGGAGGAGGCUGUGGAAGCAAAGAAUGUGAACAAAGUGGUCUACUCCAGAGUUGGACAAGUCUGUGAGGUAAGAAGUUACCCCCUUCUUUCCCCGCCCCCCCCAUCUUUCCCUCCCCCUCCCAUUUCCACCCUCUACAGAUUUUUCCCUCUUUCCCUGAAGAUUAUCUGUUCAAGGAUUUUUUGGUAAAUCCUUCCUGCUUAUUUAGUUUGUAUCUUGGUAUGCUAUAGCAUUUUUAUAAUAUUUUGCAAAUUUUUUUUUAAUGACAUCAGCUAUUAGACAUCUAUCAAGGUAAUAGCUCGACACAGCCACAGAUAAACCCUCCCUGCUUGAGGCUUGGACAGACCAAAGACUAAUAUCCAGACAUCCACUUGACUCUUCCACCCUGUUCUUUCAAAAUCAGUUGCAUGUGAUCACCCUUGCUAUCAAAAGAGGGCAGGGAAACUGGCAAAGAAGAAAUUGGUCAAAUAGGUGGAUUCCUCACCUUCCAAAUCAGGGAAAAGUACAUAUAUUCUGGGUCCAUAGCAGACUCAAAACAUCAAAUGUAAGUCUGAAAGUCCAAUAAGUUCUUCUGAAUAGAUGAAAAUAAAUUGGCUGGUGUGAAGCAAAAGUACUCGCCAAAGAAAAAAAUUAAUGGGUAUAGUUUACAAGAGCUGUUUUAUGGUUGCAGAGGAAGUGAAAGCAAGAUGAAUGCGAAUUCUUCUCCAUAGAAUUGUGAAUGCUCUGUCACAUGGUCUGAAAAGUACAAGAACCUACUAGUUACUGAUCUUGUUUGAGAAGAUACAUGUAUGAGCCUUCAAAAUAUGUAAGGUAUAUGUAUAGGAGGGGGGGGGGGGAAGGCUAAUAUGAAUUUGAUAAAUCAUAUUAUUCCGAUCUGGGAGGUUUGACUGUUCUCAGUUCUAAAGGGCCAGUCCCUUCUCAUGCUUUAGACCAGUUAAUCUUCCCCAGGUUCAAACCAAGUUUAUCGUAAUUAACCAGGCUUACAGACAAUCUCAAGGGCUUAAUAGUCAAGGUUAGAUGCAAGCUUGUGGUUUGCAUAGAGCUGGAAUACAUUAAUUCAUUUCAUUCUCUCAAUGGAUUUUGUAGAUCUGCCUCCUUACAUAUGGUUUUCAUUGCAGAUAUCUCAUUUCAAUCCAUUCUUCUCAGAUCAGUGGGUUUAAGUUCAUAUUGGGUACAUACUGAAUCAACUAAGGCAGAUAUUAGGUAGAAUUGAACCCAAAGUACAGGUUGUCUGGAUAAAAAGCUAUAAGACAUUGCAUUUAUUGAAGAAGAUAAUAUUUCUAGUCAAACCUAUUUUUAUUAGAGUUGUGUAAGGUAUAGUUCCUACUUCCUAGAAAGCUGUCUUUAACAACUCCUGUUUUCAACUUGGUUUUUGGACCUCAGGUAGAAACCUUCCCUGUUCAGCAAGUGACAUUUUAACAUCUACAUGUAUUGUUUUCAUUUCUAACCAUUAAAACGACUCACUUUUGUGUCAUUAGGAAUGUAAAGACCCGAGGAGGUUGUGUUAAGUGUGAGAGAGUGCUAACCUGAGGUAGGAUCUGAUGAAUGAAUUUUUAAAGAGGAGGGGAGUAUUUGUUAUUGAAUGACAAAAAGAAAACCUAAUCAUUCCCCAAAGUCAUAAUUAUCCUCCCUCGUGGAAGAUUAUUGGUGUCCAAUGUCUUCCACAAUCCUCUUGGCUGGCACUCACAGACUGAGUUUCCUGUUGUACCAACUACUCAUGGGGAUUUGAGUAGCAUAUCAAGUUCAUAUACUGCUACAGUAAGAAAUAUCCCAAGAAACAAGCAUUUUUUUUUAAUUCUCAAGUGCUGGGAGGAGAAGGAAAAUAUUUGCCUGGGGUAGAAAACUGUUCUUAAAUACCACCUCCAUUUCUGUAUUUGCUUGAACUGUUUGCAUUAAUCAAACCACACUGAAAAGGGAUUUUGUGGUAUAAAACUAUUGUAAUAUUUAGUGGGGUCAAUGACAUUGGUAUUCAUAAUCACAGCUAUUUUCCCAAACCUCAAUCUUUUCGAAUUAGGGUACUUUCACUCUUUGAGUUUAACCAGUCAAUAUCGGCAUAGUCAUCUGCUCAUGUACAGGAAUUUAGAUAUUUGAAGUUUUUUUUUUCAAAUUGGCAAAUAUUCACCAUUUUUUAUCUAAAAUUUUGUAAGAUUAAACAAUUUUGGAAGGAUUUGAAAAAAAAGUUUUUUGGAGUAUACAGAAAACUCUCAUAUGAUUGGACUACCAACCUUGAACAGAAAAGCUCUCAUCUACAUGUACUCAUGUGAACUUGACUUGGCCUUAGAAAAUCUACAGAAAAUCUUAACUACAUAAUGAACAUUGGAAGAAGCAUACAGAAUUUAGUUUUAAUAUAUUUAUGCUGUGACACAAUGAAUGCAAACAUUUUCUUCUCCAAUCUUGCUCUUUACAUGAUUUUUUUUCACCUUGGCUAAUAAUAAAUGAGACCUAGAGCCUAGAGGUACAUUUUAAAUAGUGUGAGCAGUGUGUAUAAUAGAAAGGUAAUGAGGUAAAUAAUUAUCUCUUUGAUUGAAGAGUUUUCCAGUCAGUUAGUCAUGAUGUGAGGAGCUGAUACCUGUAUGGGGAAUACAGAUGUAGAUUCAUGAAUUUCCCUGCUGCCUUCCAUUGUUACUUAUCGGUCAUUCAUAAAUCCUUUUGGUCCUGUCCCUGAAGUAUGUUUAGGGUUUAAUUAUGAUAUCUGGAAUAGGAAUUUUAACAGGCUAUAGCAAAUGUGUGGAUAUGAUAAUUUGUGUCUGUUUUUCUUUUGUUUGAAAUUACUUCUCUUUUGUUCAUCAAAGAAAUAUACACUGUACAUGUACAUGUAUAUCUCGCUUCAAUCAAAUUUAGUGGAAAUAUGGGGGAAAUACUAAAUAGACACAUGCAAGGAUUAAUGAGGAUGCAAAUUUCCUUAGAUUCAAGUAUCUAGUUUUAUGAUACUGAUGACUAAAAAUGUUGAAAAAAUUCUGGAAGAAAUCUGAUAUUGG